UGAACUUUUUACGAAAGAAAUGAACAAGUCAUGGUCAACUAAAGCGCGUCGAGGAAGAUGCAGGAUGGCGCCAUGCUUUUUAGCACGGUGGAUGAUGAUUUUUGUUAUUUUCCUUUGUUUCCUCGACGGUUGGACCGUAACUCGAUCGCGACUACCAGCGUGAAGCGAGCUGAGAUUUUCCGGCGCAGCUCUGCAGUUUCCGCUCGCCCUGUGAAGCCGGAGCUUCCGCCGUCGACUCAUCUUCCCGGCCAUGUCUUCUUCCGAAUCGGGAAUGCAAGGCUUCGACGUCCUCCCCGACCAAGAUCACGUCGUCAACGUCAUCCCCGACCUUUCGGACCAUGAGGGACACCCGAGGUUCGAGACCAGGCACGACGAUCGCCCCGAGGAGCCCUCCGAGCGUUCCAUCGAAAUCGACUUGCCGUCGGACUGGGGCUCGAGCUCCGAGAGUUUGGACUCGGUCUCGUCGGAUUCGCUGCCGCCGGUGUUCCCGUUGCCCUCGCAGGCGCCAUCGCCGCCGCCGCCGCAGCGCCCUCCGCCCGGUCAACGCUCUGGCUUUCGCUCCAUCCUCUUCUUCUUGGUCCCCACCGUCUGCUUGAUCCUUAUUCUUUCAAUUUCAUCCACCAAAAGCAGCUUAAGUAUUCUUCACCAAGUCCCAGAAGGCCAUGUUGGGGUAUAUUGGAGAGGUGGUGCACUACUUAAAACGAUUACGAAUCCAGGCUUUCAUCUAAAGAUGCCCCUUGUAACUCAGCAUGAGGCUGUUCAAGUGACUCUCCAGACAGAUCAGGUGAAGGAUAUUCCAUGUGGUACUAAUGGAGGUGUUAUGAUAAAUUUUGAGAAAAUAGAGGUUGUUAAUCGCCUCCACAAGGAUUAUGUGUAUGAGACACUGCUCAAUUAUGGAGUGCAAUAUGACUGCAUAUGGAUUUAUGACAAGAUCCACCAUGAAAUCAAUAAGUUUUGCAGUUCUCAUUCCCUGCAGCAAGUGUACAUUGAUGCGUUUGAUCAGAUUGAUGAAAAGCUGAAAGGUGCUCUUCAACGUGAUUGCAUAAGAUAUGCUCCAGGCAUUGAAAUAAUUAGUGUUCAUGCAACUAAGCCUACUAUUCCGGAUAGCAUAAGGCGCAAUUUUGAGCAGCUGGAAGAGGAGCGCAUAAAGGUCUUAAUUGCUAUUGAGAAACAAAAGAUUGCUGAGAAAGAAGCGGACACAAUGAAGAAGAUGGCUGUAAGUGGGGCUGAAAAGAUGGCCAGUGUUAGCGAGAAAGACAGUGCCAGAAAGCAGCAGGAAAUAGUGGACCAAAUGAUUACCUGGCUCGUGAGAAGAGUCUGGCAGAUGCUGAAAGAGAACCAAAUAUGUACCCGACUCAUGGGAAGAGUCUGGCAGAUGCUGAGAAGAGGAAGAAUCUAGCAGAUGCUGAUUUCUAUCUGUGAGAACAUCCUUUUCCCUCUAGCACUGUUGAUUAUUGACCAAAUGUAAUUGACUGCUGUGAUAUGCUUCGGAUGAAGAGUGUAUCGAAGGAAGCCGAAGCAAACAAGUUGUAGUUCACGCCUCAGUUGAAGCUCUGCCUGCACGUUCCAAAUAUGGUUUCAGACCAAAUUUCAGCAACUAAGGCCCUGUUUGUUUGUAUUCUUUAUUUCUGUUUAUGAACACAGAAACCAAAUUUCAGCAACUAAGGCUCUAUUUGUUUGUAUUCUUUAUUUUUGUUUAUGAACACAAUUCCUGUUUUUUUGUUCCAAAGAACAAAAGGAGAACAAAAAAAGAACAGACUAUUUGUUUGUA